AUGAUGCGGAGGGCAGCACGAUCGAUGCGUUUCUUCGCACACGCCGCCGACCCGGCCGGCCUCCUGCAGACUCGGAGACUGGGACCUCCACUCGAGAAGCCGGAUGCCAUGCGCUUGCUCAUCGUUUGGCACUCCAGGACUGGAAUGGCAAAACAAAUGGCAGAGGCACUUUACACGGGUGCGCUGAAAGCGAUGCAAGACAUGGAAGCCGCAGAGACCGACUUCGCGAUCGACCUUCUCCGUGCCCAGGAUGCGCAGGUGAGCGACCUGCUCUCGGCACACGGCUUCCUCUUUUGUGCACCGGAAAACCUCGCUUCAAUGUCGGGUGAGAUGAAAGAGUUCUUCGACCGCUGCUAUUAUGGAGCACUCGGCAGAUUGAACGGACGGCCUUUCGCAUUGGCUGUUUGCGGUGGCUCAGAUGGAGAAGGUGCAGCGAAUCAGAUGGCCCGCAUAUGCAGGGGUUGGCGAUUGAAAAAUCUGGCAGUGCCUUUGAUUCUCAGAAGUGGAGCGCAAACUCCUGAAGCAGUGGCUGCUGCGAAGGUCUUGGACACCAGCGGAACGGAGAAGUGCAUGGAUUUAGGUGGUCUGAUGGCGGCCCACAUGCUGCUUGGGGUGCCGUGA